AUGGCCAAGAAGGCGAAAUCGCGCCUGAUCCCCGUGCGCCUCAUCUCCAUGGCCAUGACUGGCUUCUUCUACACUUUCACUCGACCGCGCACGUCUACGCCCAUGAGCAUGUUGAAAUACGAUCCAGUCGUUCGCCGCAAGGUCCUCUUCCUCGAACAGAAACGAAAAGGCAAAUAG